GUGUAACGAUGAAUGCCACAGAAUACAAAAAGUUUCAUGAAUCUUUCAUGCAAAACAAUAAUGGCUCGACUGCAAUGCACACAUUUCUGUGCAUAUUUUUUACGUUUGAUGGACACUGGAGUUGGACUGUUCGUUCUUAUGAGUGGACUUGUGCAUAAAAAUUCGUAUGAUAACUAUUUAGAAAUAUUCAAGCAUAAUUUUAAAUUUGUAUCAAUACUUUUAAUACUUGGUAUCAUUAGAUAUGUUUCUAUUAAACAAUUGGAUUACCACGAACAUGUAUCUGAGUAUGGAGUACAUUGGAAUUUUUUCUUUACACUUGCUUUAUGCAAGUUUUUUUCUACUUUAUUAUUACUAGUAUUUCAAAAUUCUUUAUACUUAUGUAUUUUUGUCAUCAUAAUUCAUGAAUAUUUGCUUUAUAUAGGACUACAAGAUUGGGUAUUUAGUGAUACAAAGAGAAUUAACAUAAUUGAUGCCAAUAGAGAAGGAAUCUCUUCAUGUCUUGGAUACAUAUCCCUGUACCUAUUUGCUGUUCAUUUAAAAACGGAAAUCAAUAAGAAGGAGAUUUCCAAACUUUUAAUCUUAAGAAAAAUUUUGUUGUACCCAAUAUUCCUUAUUGGAGGUUCAUAUUUAUUUCAUUUUUUUAGACCAACAUCCAGAACUUUAGCUAAUGCUGGCUACUGCUUCUAUUUAUCUACUUUAUUAACAAGUAUUUUGUCAAUAAUGUAUUGCAUUGAAAUAAUUAGUAGCAAUAGUAAAAGUGCAAUCUUUCAAGUGCCUAAAAUUCUUAAAGAUAUAAACCACAAUGGAUUGAUAUAUUUUUUAAUAAGUAACUUAACUACAGGAUUAGUCAAUAUGUUGUUUCAAACUUUACUCAUGUCUUCUUUAUCAACCUUUAUAAUUUUAAAUGUUUAUAUGACUUUUAAUAUAGUUGUAAUAAGUUAUUUAAGGAGAAAAAAAAUUAAACUUUAA